ACCAAUCUAUAGAGUUUGCUUACGAGGCGACAGGUUGAGCUUCAGUUCACUCUCAAACUGCUACCCCCCAAGUUGGGUUUCAUCUCUGGUUUGAUUUCUCGAAACUAGGGUUUCUCUCUCGCCGGAAAAUGCAAAUCACCACAUGACUCCGUUCAUUCAUUCACGUCUCUGUAGCUAACAGCGUGGAUUGAUUUCUCCUCUUGCCUCUAACGCUCUUCUGCAGCACACUCUAAUUUGAUCAAUGCGUGGAGAUGUUACCAGAGCAUUCCGCAUUAUCCAAAGUGAAGCAUUAAGGCUUUGGAAAGUGAGAUGAACAAAAGUGGCAGGAAGCUCUCUUCAAAAUGGGAUUUGAUAGACGAACGCGAAUCUGAAUUUGCACCCGAUGGUGUUGCUAACAGCAAUAGUACUAGUUCUAGAUGGUCCUACAAGGAAAGAAAUGAUAGGUUAAACCCCAGAAUGGAAUUUUUAUCCAAGGAACCUUUGUCUGGAGGCACACAUUCAAAUAAAUAUGAUGGUACGAAUAAUGAGGAAUACAGAGUUUUGGAUGCAACAAUUGCAAGGGACACCGAUGGAAGUUACGGGAUGGAAAUGUCUCCAGGGUUUGAAGACUGGAAAAAUAAGCACAGUCAAUCUCCAAAAAAUAGUUACAGCAGGUUAGUCAGGAGUAGUCGGAGCAGGAGUCGAAGCCCUCCACAUGGUUUUAAGUUGGAUUCAGGAGUCAAUGGCAGAAACAGAAUGCGGCCCGAAGGAUUGGCACAACCAUGUAGAGAUUUUGCUGCUGGGAAAUGCAUUAGAGGUAGUCAAUGUCAUUUCCUUCACCAUGAUAAUCAAAAUUAUGAGAACGGCAGGGAAAGUAGACAAAGGCAAGAUAGAGCUCCCGGGUAUUCAGCUCCCCAUGAGAGUGGGGACAUUUCCCUUACAAGUGGAAGAUCUGAUGAAGCUUGUAUUAACUUUGCAAAAGGAAGGUGUAGAUUCGGAGCAUCAUGCAGGCAUGUGCAUCAUGGCAAUUCUGAUGAAUUCGGCAAAGUUUCUGUGGGUGAAUCAAGUAGGGAAAAUGACAUUGAUAACAGGCGCUUAGAGAAUUCUUUCAAGCAGGGUGGUCGGCAUGACCUGAACCGCAGUGCUGAUACUCCUUGCAGAUUUUUUGCUUUUGGGAAUUGUCGUAAUGGUAACCAUUGUAGGUUUUCUCAUGAUAGGCAAUCAGGUAGGAGCCCUGACAGGAGAUUGAGGGAUGAUAGUUCACGGAGUAAUCAAGGUGGAGAUCAGGUGUCAAAUAGACCAAAAUUGAGUGAUUCUGCUAGUUCUAAUGGAAGGCUAAGAGACGAUAGAUGGCGUUCAGAUGGCAGCAUUGCUGAUGUGAGUAAAGUUUGGGACGGUCCAAAAAGUAAUGAUUUGUCUGCUGUCUCUAAUUCAAGAAAGCUGGUUGAGGACAACCAAGAUGGAAUCAUGGGCGCCCCAGGCCAUGGAUUCUCUGCUUGGCCAAUGAGUGAUGGAUGGGACCAUAGCUUAGACAAGAACAUGGUGCAUGAUAAAACAUCAUUUUCAAGUGAUAAAAAGGAACCCAACUUGUGGGCCGCAGGAAAUGCUACUGCCAAUAUUCACACUUCUCAGCCAGUAGGAACAGGCAUUUGGCCUGGUGAUGAACAAAUGUCUCCUGAUUGGAAUGUGGGGACUUCCAGUCACUUUAAAAAAAACCAUGAGCAGAACAAUCUCCAAGUUGCUCCAGGACAUGGAUAUAAUCAGAAUGCUCAGAAUGUAAAUGCUUUGCAUUCUUCAAGCUCCCAUGCAGUUGGACAGAGUCAACCACCAUUUUCCGUUGUUCCUCCAAGAGCAAGAAUUGUUGAGGGUAUGCAGAAUCAGGAGCUCUUUACUGAGAAAAAGUAUAUUGGUGAGCCAAAUAUCAUGGAUGCAAGCCUAUUACAAGUUGGUUCUAGAAAUCCUUCUACUCAGAACAUGGUCAGCAAAGAACAGCUUGUUCAACUUACAUGCCUCACAGCCUCUUUGGCACAAAUCCUUGGAACAGGCAGUCAGCUCCCACAACUUUGCAGUAAUUUAAAUUCUCACGAUGCAAAGGAUACUCCCUCCGGUAAGCCUGUUUCCAUAGCAUUCAGCAAGCCAGAUCCUUCUAUUGGAUUCCAGAAGCACAAUAAUCCAAGUGGGUUCAGCCCAAUGAUUUCUCCUAGUAAAAUUAUUCCAAAAGAAUCAGUAGAAAUGCCAUCACUGUUAUCUAACUCUGAACAAUUUGAUGAUUCUUGUAAGACUGCCUUUUCAGAAGAACAACUUGUCAAGAGUAAACAUUUAAUUCAGUUGCAGAAAGAUGAAAACAUUGGGGAUAAUAAGGAGAGUAAUGAAAUGGUAGCUGAAGAAAAGCGAAGUUCUCGAGGUGAGAAUAAAAUUACAAAAGAGAGUGGUCCUUUGGAAAGCAUGGACCAAAGUGGUGGGCCUGAUGAGAUCAAGAAAACAAAGGAUGUGAAGGGGAUGCGUGCAUUUAAAGGUUCAUUGGUGGAGUUCAUUAAGGAGCUUCUAAAACCAACAUGGAAAGAAGGCCAAAUCACCAAAGACGAUUAUAAAGAAAUAGUGAAGAAAGUUACUGAUAAAGUAUCUGUUACAGUGCAGCGGGCACAUGUUCCUCAAACACAAGAGAAAAUUGACCGCUAUUUAUCAGUUUCGAAACCAAAGCUUAACAAACUUAUACAGGCAUAUGUGGAAAAGGUUCAGAAGGCGUAGUGGAAGUAUAGAAGUUUAGGUAUGUAAUAUUUCGACUAAUUUUGCUAAGUUAUUGCUUUUCUUUCUUAUUUUAUAACCAUAUUCCUGUAUCGCUAUAGUGUGGCUAGUAUAAUUAAGUAACUUCUGCAGCUUCUGCAUGUGUACAUAUAAACUCGGAGCUGUGUUUUUUCCUUCAUAAUUGUUCUGCGGAAAGAAUUUGGUGUCUUGUGUUAUUA